CUGUGGGAAGGCACCACGGCUGUCAUCGGUCCCCACAUCCUGAGCGCUGAGGACGAGGACUCCCCGGCAGAGGAGGUGACCUACUCCAUCCAGCCCCCAGCGAAUGGGAAGGUUGUGCUGAGGUCAGCACCUGGCACUGAGGUCCAGCGGUUCACCCAAGCCCAGAUAAACAACGGCCUCAUCCUCUUCGUGCACCAAGGUAGGGCUGAGGUGCCCCAGCCCCUUGGCAGCACCCCAUGGGGCACUGCAGCCCCCUGCCUCCCAUAAAUGCCCAGCUCUGUGCUUUCCACAGGGCCCCUGGAUGGGGGAUUCGCCUUUGACCUAUGGGAUGGUGAGAACCUGUCUCCUGGGCACUUCUUCCUCGUCAGGGCCCAGAGAGAGCCCUUCAUCAGCCUGGCCAAGAAGCAGAGCCUCACUGUCUGCCCAGGUUCCCUGCAGCCCAUCACCAGCCAGAACCUGCAGGCAGUGAGCAACAGCCCUGCCAGCUCCACCGCCCUGUACUACAGCAUCGAGCAAGCCCCGCGCCUGGGCAGGCUGAGCACCUCCCAGGGGGAGGAAAUCAGGAAUUUCACCCAAGCCCAGGUGGACAAUGGGUUGAUUUUCUACCAGCAUGAGAUGUCAGAGAAGCCCUUUUGGCUAGCCCAAGAUGCCAUUCGCUUCCGUGUGGUUGCUCCCACCACCAUCUCUGAUUCCUUCAUCCUCCUCGUGCUGAUCUCCUUUGAGGCCCAGUGUCCCGAGCGCUCGACUCAGCUAUGGAGAAAUGCAGGGCUCCAGCUGGCAAGGGCUCAACAGGCCAAGAUCAACACCUCAGUGCUGGACGCUUCCAACCUCCUAAGCCAAAUCCUGGUCCCCGAGAGGGCUGCACAUGAUGUUGUCUUCCUGGUGACCGGGCUGCCGGCUCACGGACAGCUCUUAGUGGCCGGUGUGCCUCUGGAACAGUCACGGCCGUUCUUCCUGCAGUCAGACCUGGUCACAGGACAGCUGGUGUACGCCCAUGGUGGGGAUGACAUCUCUGAAGACUCUUUCAGAUUUAAGGCUUGGCUUCGCCCCCGGGCACAGCAGUCCAUCCGUCCUCCACAGGAAGGAGUGGUCAUCUCCGAAGCUUUCAACAUCACUGUGACCAGCAGCAGCAGCAAGCCACUGCGGGUGGUGAGGCGACAAAAAGUGUUGCAGGUCCCAGCAGGCUCCAUGGUGACCUUAUCCCAGGAGUACCUCGAUGUGGCAGAUCCAUCGGUUUCCCCAGAGGAGUUGGUGUACAGCAUCUUCCAGAGACCCCUCACUGGCCACCUUGCCAACGCCUACAACCCACGGGAGCCCAUCAACCGCUUCACCCAAGCAGAUGUCAACACAGGCCACGUGGUGUUUGUUGCCACCAGGAGCCGUGCCCCAGGGUCCUUAGCCCUGAGCCUCUCCGAUGGCCGCCACCCACCCACCUUGACCUCACUGGAGAUCAAGGUGCUACCUGCAGUGAGCACUGCUGCCAGCCCGGUGCUGCUGGAGGUGCCCCAAGACCUGAACAGGGCCUCUGUGUCCCACCGCCACCUCCUGGGAGCUGCACAGCGAGUGACAGGCAACCCCCUGUACAGGAUCACCAGGGACCCCAGGUUUGGCCAAGUGCAAGUCAACCAGAAGCCGGCACGGAGCUUCUCACAGAAGCAGCUGGACCGUGGGGAGGUGACCUUCACUUUCACUGACCUCACCUCUCCUGAAGAUGACUUCCAGUUCCUCGCCACGUCACGGGCAGCAAACAGGACCGGCACGGUGAACGUGACCGUUCGCGCAUUGGUGAAAGCUCGGCCGGGCAGCAUGUGGCCCAGGGGCACCACAGUCCUCCUGGACACCAGCAUCCUCGAUGCCAGCCAGCUGGCCAACCACACCAAGAGUGUCCCAGUCUUCAAGAUGCACAGGGCGCCCCGUGCCAGCCGUCUCGUGAGGGGCUCCCGAGACUCACAACCCACCACACCCAUUGAGACCUUCAGCCAGAGCGAGCUGGAGCAAGGGCUGGUUGGGCUGGAGGUGCUGGAUGCUGGGGAGAAGCCCCAGCCUCUGCAGGGCGACAGCUUUGUCUUUGAGCUGUCAGCCACCGGCGUGCCACCGGCACUGGCAUCCCUGGGGUACAGCACUGAACCCUACAACACCUCCAAAGCCUACAGCGUCACCGUGCUCACAGUCCCCCUGGCACCCUCACCCCGAGUGCCCCAGGGCACAUCGUGGAGCAGCCCCAACGCAAGCGAGCUGGGGAUGGUCCCCACCACCUGGCCGGGCCCUGGUGCCACCACCAGUCCCGCGGAGGGGGGUACCUUCCUCAGCUUCAUCGAGGCCAACAUGUUCAGCAUCAUCAUCCCCAUCUGCCUCAUCUUGCUCCUCCUGGCCCUCAUCCUGCCCCUUCUCUUCUACCUGCAUAAGCGCAACAAGACGGGGAAGCACCACGUCCAGGGCACCCCCUCCUCCAAGGCCAAAAACGGGGCUGUGCCAGACCAGGAGACAUUCCGGAGGACGGACCCCAACCAAGGCAUCCCCCUAACAACUGUCAAUGCCCUGGAGGGCAAGGGCACAGGUCCCCCACCCCAGGGCACGGGUCCUGGGGCACCACCGGAUCCCGAGCUCCUCCAGUACUGCCGGACUUCCAACCCCACUUUGAAAAACAACCAGUACUGGGUGUGA